GCUUUCGCAGCAGCCAUGGGCGAGGAGGUCGAGAAGCACAUCAUGCGCAAGUACGACUUGCUCCAAAAGCUCGGCAAAGGGGCGUACGGCAUCGUGUGGAAGGCGACCGACAAGGCGACGCGGCAGCCCGUCGCGCUCAAGAAGUGCUUUGACGCCUUCCGCAACGCCACGGACGCGCAGCGCACGUUCCGCGAGAUCAUGUACCUCCAGGAGCUCAACGGCCACCCCAACAUCAUCCGCCUCCUCAACGUGGUCAAAGCCGACAACGACCGCGACAUCUACCUCGUGUUCGACUUUAUGGAAACGGACUUGCAUGCGGUCAUACGCGCCAACAUCUUGGAAGAGAUUCAUAAAAAGUAUGUCACGUACCAGCUCAUCAAGGCGCUCAAGUUCAUGCACUCGGCCGACCUGCUCCAUCGCGACAUCAAGCCGAGCAACCUCCUCCUCAACGCCGACUGCCACACCAAGCUCUGCGACUUUGGCCUUUGCCGGUCCGUGUCUGAAAUUGGCGGUCCCAACCCCGUGCUCACCGACUAUGUCGCGACACGCUGGUACCGCGCGCCCGAGAUCCUCUUGGGCUCGACGCGCUACACCAAAGCCGUCGACAUGUGGGCGGUGGGCUGCAUCGUGGCCGAGAUGGUCACGGGCCGCCCGACCUUUCCCGGCACGUCGACCAUGAACCAGCUCGAACGCAUCCUAGAGGUCACCGGCGCGCCGUCGACGACCGACAUUGAAAACAUCAAGUCGCCGUUCGCUGCCACGAUGCUCGAGAGUCUGCCGCCGCCCAAGACACAGACACUCGAGGAGCUCUUGCCGAAAGCGUCGCCGGAAGCCAUCGACUUGGUCCGGAAAUGUCUCUAUUUUGAUCCGGACAAGCGGAUCACGGCCGACGAAGCGAUCAAGCACCCGUUCGUCGCGCAGUUUCACGUCGAGAAGGACGAGCCCGUGGCCACGGCGCCGUGCCAAAUCGUCGUCGACGACAACACGAAGUACUCGGCCGCCGACUACCGCGAUCGACUCUACCGCGAAAUCAUCAAGAAGAAGAAGGACAUUCGACGCCAAGGCACGCAAAAGGGCGACACCGUCGUCGGCGGCUCUGAGCCUACGUCCACCAAGUAGUCAACCGAGCUGCACGACGAUGCGGGACAGAGUCAAUACGCAACACAAAACGUCUCGAUCGUGUGUGUUCUCUUGUCCA